GGGGGAGCGGGGCUGGAGCGGGGCUGGCCGUGGGCAACCCCAAUGCGUGGACUAUCCGCCGCUGCGUUAUGCUGGAGCUACGGUUCCGCUGAAGGGAGUUUGCACACGGCCGGCUGGGCUGGACUGCAGCGCUGCCGUUCCUUAUGAAGAAGGCACAAACUUGGAUUAUCACUUGCUUUUGUCUUCAACUACUCCUGCUUAAUCCUCUUGUCAAAGCCCAGAGUUCCUGCGGGAAUCCAGUGACAGAUGAUGUGAAUGACAUUGCAAAAUUGGUUGGAAAUCUCCCGAAUGAUUAUAUGAUAACCCUUAAAUAUGUCCCGAAGAUGGAUAGUCUGCCUAAUCAUUGUUGGUUGCAUUUGAUGGUGCCUGAAUUUUCAAGGAGUCUACAUAAUCUUCUCCAGAAAUUUUCAGAUAUUUCAGAUAUGUCUGAUGUUUUAAGCAACUAUUCAAUCAUCAAUAAUCUCACAAGGAUAAUUAAUGAUCUUAUGGCAUGCCUAGCUUUUGAUAAAAAUAAGGAUUUUGUAAAAGAAAAUGGUCACCUUUAUGAAGAAGGUCACUUCAUUCCUGAGGACUUUUUUAGGCACUUUAAUAGCACCAUUGAGGUCUACAAGGAGUUUGCAGACAUGUUGGAUAAGAACGACUGUGUUCUGCCUUCAACAGUAGAAACACCAGAGAACGAUUCCAGAGUCGCUGUCACAAAAACAUUUUUGUUUCCUCCUGUUGCUGCCAGCUCCCUUAGGAAUGACAGCAUUGGCAGUAACACUAGCAGUAACAAAGAGGCACUUGGCUUCAUUAGCAGCUCCAGCCUGCAAGGGAUCAGCAUAGCACUGACAUCAUUGCUGUCUCUUCUUAUUGGCUUUAUUUUGGGAGCCAUAUACUGGAAGAAAACACAUCCCAAAUCCAGACCAGAAAGUGAUGAAACUACACAGUGUCAUGACUGUCAAGAGGAAAAUGAGAUAAGUAUGUUGCAGCAAAAAGAAAAGGAACAUCUACAAGUGUAGCUGUUGCUUUUUCUCCCUCAACACUGUUACUGUUUCGUGUACUGGCAGGUAACAGUUCCAUGUUCGCUUCAUAAAUGAAGCAGCUUUAAGCACAUUCGUAUUCCUUCUGGAGUGACAGACUGAGUCUGCAUCUGUUGUUGCUGCCCAUGACUCCAUAGACAUGAUAUAGAAAUGAGGACAAUUUGUGUUUGUUACUGUGAAACCAACACUGAAUUGAACAACGACAAGAAGAGUGUGCACUUAGCAGGACUGUAUCUUAUGUGAAUAUCUACCUUGUGUGGCAUUUGGGGAUUUUUAAUGCAUUAAUACUUGCAGCUGACUCUGGCAAACAUGUCCUGAACAAAAAGCAUCUUUCAAAUGCCUCCAACUAUGUGUAAUCAUUGAAAGUCAUAAAUACCUUUGCAUCCUUAAUUUAAGUUCUGUGUCCUCUACCUUACCUUGGUGUCUUCAGGUGGAGUUCUCUGAUCUGACAGAAAAUGCAGAAAUGGAUACAGAUAAUAUACUCUUCAAUAUUGUAUAUAAAACUUGAAAGCAAAGUCAUGCCAUGGACCCAUGUUCUAGCCUUUUACUUAUAAGAAGCUGUGUUUAUGCCUGGCAAAGGCCGUGUGUACAGCAACACGUGGUCUCUGUCGGGUGCCCACCCCAGAAAGCCUCAAGAAUUCGUCAGUGUUGGUGGUCUCUGUUCAGGAGGAGCAAGUACUGGAUGAAGACAAAGUAAACAGAAGGUGAAUGUACCUCAUGGAGCUUUGAACCAUUAAGAGUAACUGCUGGGUAUGUGAACACUGGUGAAAUUUCUAGCCAUGCCAAGGGAAAGGAAAGUAAAGAGUCUGAAUUGCGUUCAAACAUCAGAAUAAAGACAAACCCAUGAAAUGCAUUUUAAAUGCUGAAGAUGCAUGCCAUUGAUACUUUGUCUUUAAAUGUAUAGCAUAGAAAAUCUGAAAAAUCCUGAGAGUGUAUUUAGCUUUUACUUACAUCAGCUGUAAUUAAUGUUUGCAUUGUGUUUUAAGUGAUUAGUAAGCUUUAAUAUCCUGGCAUUCUCCACUCUUAAAGUUAAUUCUCUUGAAACAGAAGAAAAAGGCUUUUUUCCCCACUUGUCUUCUGCAUCUAUUGCUGUUCUAGCAGCCAUGGAAUCUGUACAGGACUGAUGUACAGACAUGCAUUUUCAAGUAAAUCCUAAAAAUACUAUGGUAAAAGUUACAAGUGUAGUUGUACAUCUUUUCAUCUUGGCUCUUUCCAGAUAAGGGGCAUGAAUUAUUUAUCUGUAUUAGGGGUUUGCACUUCAGAAGGUAAAGGUGGCUCACUUCAGAUGACAAACUGUCAACUUUCAUUAAACUGACCAGGUCAGCAAGAGUUUUAGUUUAAGUAACUUGAAAACUUUAAAAAAAAAAACAAAAAAAAAAUCAAAAAACCAAACCACCACCCUUUUAAUGUUUUGCAUAAAGUUGGAGUUCUCUUUAAAGUAUAUAGUUACUUAAUUUUUUAAGAAUUCUUGUGGAAAUUUUAAUCGUCUGCUGAAUUUUCUGAGAACCAUGCAUAAAAAGAAUAUGACAUACAUAUAAUAUAUACGUGUGCGUGUGUGUGUGUAUUAUUGGUAAAACUGAUUCAUCUUUCAUACUUACCAAAAAGAAAAAACCUCAAAACCUUACUACAUUUGAUGACAGAGCUUAUGUGUGCAUGUAGCCACUCUGCGUGGAAUUUUGACCUUACUGACGUCAAUGUUGAAACUUCUUGUGAAUUCAUUGAUACAAGGAUUUGAUCAUGUGGAACUAUUUUUUAUUUAUACUGAGGCCAUUUUGUACUUCCUGGUGUCAGAAAAGGGUCCUCAAGUCCUGCUCAGCUGGUAUAAAUUAGCAUAGUUCCAUCAACAUGAACAGAGCUUUGGGGUUUGCAUCAUCUGAGGAACUUCUCUUAGACUAGAUCAAAAGAAGCUUAGUGUGAGAAUUAGGCCUUCAUUUUUAUUCAGAAGAUGCUGGAGCUCACCACUUAAUAAGAAAUAAUCAAGGUUGCUCAUCACUUCUAAAAAGCAAGUACAUUCCAAAUUUUAGCUCUGCAAAAAUCAAAUAGAAUUCCCCAUCUGCAGCUCAGUCUCGCUUGACAUUGUGUAGUUCUUUAGUCACAAGGCCCUCAGACUUUGUGUUUCAAACUUAUUUAAGAGUCACCCUGAAAGAAAUGUCAAUAUGACCUAACUGAUGGGAAAUUUGCACCUUAUUGGUAAUGCGGAGAAUACCUGCGUGUUGAUUUUGACAGAGUGGAAAAGUAUCCAUAGUAAAUGGAAGCAAUUAUCCUUACACAUUUUAUAAAAACCUUAAAUACUUCAUGUUGCUAUACAGGAUGUUCUCAAAGCAAGCUUAUGCAUUUAAAGUUUUCCAGUAUUUUUCUUCUUAGAUUCAGUUAAAUAAAAAUCUUGUAUUUAUUAAUGUUCUUUGUUCAUAAGAAUGUUAGUUUUCCUAAAUGCAUUUUUUCUGGAAAAUCAAAUACACGGUAAUGUUGCACAUUGGUGUGCCCCAAAUUAUACUUUGAUAUUCAAAAUGCACAAUGUUUUAGGCUCCUUAGUCUACUGUUCAAUACUAUAAAAAAUAUCAGUUGUAAAUUGAAACAUACAUUAAAUCCAGAUAGACCUUCCAAGAGUAACAUCUUAAAAUAGUAGCUAAGUCACUUUCAAAUAAUGUCAGAUACUUUAAUCUCUUCCAAGGAGCAAGGCAAAUUUAAGGCUACAUGAGAACAGAAAGAAAAUUCAUGUAUAAACCUUUCAACUUCACAUCACAAACGUCGUUCUUUGAAGAUGCACCAAAGUAGUACAACACAUGGAGUAGCAGAACUGUUGUUGGAGCUCAUGGUUUUCCUGUUCUCUGCACCCCCUUUUGAGAGAUCUGAACAAAACAUUGGGUGUUCUCAAUCAUUUUGCAAAGCAGAAGACACUUCUAGACAUUCAUGGAUACAGUGGAUGGCAUGGCACUUGGAAAUGUGAUUGUGAAAUUAUUUGAAAAUUUCUGUGCCCAAUUUGUCUACCCACUGAGGAGGCCCUUAUUUUGAAAGACUACUGACUUGUGGGACAUCUUUGAAAUAAAUGAAAAUAGAAUAAGUUACAGUUCAGUGGGAGUAGGGAUGGCAGAAACAGUCCUUCAAUUACUACUUUAUCCAGUUGUAAGUUAUUUAACUUCUGAAGAGUGAUCAGUUUUUCAGCCUUCUUUUUGGGUAGACAGAGCCCAUGUAUUAACACAGUUAGAAAAUGAACACCCUUUCUCUAAAAUGAAAUUGGGGAGAAGCGAGUGUGGUAAUUUUUAUACAAAAGUCAACCAAAUUUGUUUUUCAGGUAUCUGUGGUUUUGUGAGAAACUAACAUUUUUUAGGUUUCCUUUGGAGUAGUUGAACUUUGCAUGCAAUUAAUAGUGGCCUUGUGAGAAUAAAAAGCAGAUAGUUAUAUACUGAGUAACUCAAUGUGCUACUUUAGAUGUGUGUUUACUUGAAUAAAUUAAUGGUACUUAUUUCAUCACAAGGUCAUUUUAUAAGUAAGCUUAUAAAACGUGCUACACUAUGGAGUAUGUGUACAACCUGCACAUUUUUUAAAUUCUGAUCUUCACCAGCUCUGUUUUCUCUGUUGCUCUCUCUUUGUAAUAUGCUGAAACUGUUCAGUACUAACAAUACAACUAUUAAAUUGAAAAGCUAACUGUAUAUAUAAAAUACAGAUAUUUUGAGUUAGAUUUACAUUUAAGAAUUAUCCAACAUUCUUCAAUUCAGGAAUCUGAUUCAACUGUCUAUUAAAUGCAGAUCUACAGUAAUGGUGGCAUGUUGCUAUUAUGUUAUCAAAUUGAUGGAACGCGGAAACUUCAGACUCUUUAGUGAUAGAGACACAGACGUUUGCUGGUUGUAUCAUGGGCAAAUUCAUUUAUUUCAGUGUAAAUGUCAGCACAGUCUUGCAUAGUUACAUUUUGACUGAAGGUAAUCAACAAAGUUUAUAAAAUGUGAUGUGUAUGUAUAUAUGUGUCCUCUUAAAGAUAGAUGUUUUCCCAAAUCCUUUUUUAUACCAGUUCAAAUUUGGAAUUUACAUUAUAUACAUAUACUUUAUUGUUCUAAAUAAAGAUAUUAUGCACUGCCAAAUAAUCAGUAUAUUGCGUUGUGUCAGUACCGCGAAAGACCUUUUUUUAAGUCCUGUCAUCUCCUGGAAGAAUUUUCUGCCAGAAUGUAUGCUAUUAGAUGCAGACUCCUUCAUAAUACAUUUCAUUUCUUAAUCAUGCAUUUUGAAGUCUUGUGCCACCAAAGUAUAUGUCCUCAUUAUCAGCCUUCAGUGCUGAUCCAUAAUGCAUCUGUGAUUAUGAAAAUUAUUCAGCUUCAGAAUUAAAGGCUUCUUGUAGCUCCUUAA